AUGGACGUUGACGAUUCUCUGGAUGCUUUUGCAGGAAAGAUCAGCGGGAUGGCGGCGCAUUACGCGGGGCUCAGAUCGACCCUGGACGACGCCGCGAUGGUUAAGAAAUUGCUCGACGCCGUGCCGGACCGCCUGUACGCGGCGGUGGUGGGGAUUGAGCAAUUCUGUGACGUAUCCACGAUGCUCUUCGAGGACGCGUUGGGGCAGCUCAAGGCGUUCGACGAGAGGCUGCGACGCCGUGGACAGGACGGCGGCGAUCGUGGCGGCGACCAGUUGUUGCUGACCAUGGCGCAGUGGCGGGCGCGGGAGCGGCAGCAGGGAGGAGUGCACGACGAUGACGAUGAACGGAGUGUGCUGUCGGGCAACCACGGCAACCGACGCGGGCGUUGGUACAAGUGCGGCAAGCGCGGCCAUUUCAAGCGGGACUGCCCCGAGUGGCGGAGGGAACCACUGGCGGAGCGUGCGCUGUUGGCGGACGUCGACGUCGAGAACGCCGGGCUCCUCUGA